UGAUCACUUCACAUUUAUUUAUUUAUUUAAUUAAUUAGAAAAAUAUUGAACCUCAAACUUGGAAAAAAAGUAAAGGAGAGAAAAUGCACCAAAUGCGGGCACGUUGGAACGAUUAUAAAGCCAAUAUUCAUGCAUCACUAUUCAGAGCAAUUCCCUCUCCAUCUUCAAUUCUAAACAAACAAAAAGUGUAAUACUGCAACUCUAAUCAAAAUACAAAAACAAAAUGAGUUCUGAACUAAUUCACAGAAACCAAACAAGAGAUCAAACCACAGAUUCAUCAUCCCAUCGUGAUAAUCCUCUUCCAAGAACGAGAACAAACAUCAUCAACAUGCUUCUAAAUCGAGUCCCUUUCCUUCUCAUUGGAAUAGCAAUUUCCACUUUCUUCUUCCACUAUCUCCCUUCUCGAUCCACUCUUCCACAACAUCAUGACUCUUCUUCGUUCGUUGGAACGGAGUUAACUCUUCCGACUAGGCGAGUUCUUUUAGAGGAACACGGUAGAGAUGAAAGAAAACGAAGAGUUCCAUUGGCCGUUGGAUUGAAAAGCAAGAGACAGAAGAGAGUACUGGUUACCGGUGGAGCUGGUUUCGUUGGAAGUCAUCUUGUGGAUCGUUUGAUUGAAAGAGGUGAUAAUGUGAUCGUGAUUGAUAAUUAUUUUACUGGAAGGAAAGAGAAUGUUGUUCAUCAUAUUGGUAAUCCCAAUUUUGAACUUAUUAGACAUGAUGUUGUUGAACCUAUUCUUCUUGAAGUUGAUCAGAUCUAUCACUUGGCUUGCCCUGCUUCCCCUGUUCAUUACAAGUUUAAUCCUGUCAAGACCAUCAAGACGAAUGUGGUGGGGACACUAAACAUGUUGGGAUUGGCAAAGAGAGUGGGUGCACGAUUUUUGCUGACUAGUACAAGUGAGGUGUACGGUGAUCCACUUCAACACCCUCAAGCUGAGACUUACUGGGGCAAUGUUAAUCCUAUUGGUGUAAGAAGUUGUUAUGAUGAGGGAAAACGUGUUGCUGAGACUUUGGCUAUGGAUUACCACAGAGGAGCUGGCAUUGAGGUGAGGAUUGCCAGAAUCUUUAACACAUACGGACCAAGAAUGUGCAUUGAUGAUGGGCGUGUGGUCAGUAACUUCGUUGCUCAGGCACUGAGGAAGGAUCCAUUGACUGUUUAUGGCGAUGGGAAACAGACAAGAAGCUUUCAAUUUGUUUCAGAUUUGGUAGAGGGCUUGAUGCGGCUGAUGGAAGGUGAACAUGUUGGACCUUUCAAUCUUGGCAAUCCUGGUGAAUUCACCAUGCUUGAACUUGCUCAGGUGGUACAAGAGACUAUAGACCCCAACGCAAAGAUAGAAUUCAGAGCAAACACAGAGGAUGAUCCACAUAAGAGAAAGCCAGACAUCUCCAAAGCAAAAGAGCUUCUUGGCUGGCAACCAUCUGUGUCCCUCCGUGAGGGACUUCCUCUAAUGGUCGCUGAUUUCAAGCAAAGAUUAUUUGGUGAUGGGGACAAAGGUGCAGCUGCAGCAUAGGUCAGUACAGCUGUGGAAAAUAAAUAAAUUAAAAGGAAAAAGUUAGUGAGAAUAAACAUUUAUGUAAAACAAAAAUUAACUUGACUUGUUUUGGAUCAAAUUAGAUAUAUAUAUCAGAUGAGAUUUAUAUACGUCUGGCAGCAAAAUAAGCAGCACUCGCCGGUCAAGGGAAGAAGAUGCAAUUUUUUGUAAUAUUUGUAGUAUAACGUCAUAUUUACCAACUUAUUAUUGUGAAAUGCAGUUCUAUUUUUAUUGGGUAAACACUUUUUGAGAUUGUCUAAACCUCAAUUGUCUUGGCCAUUAAUUCAGAAUAGAUAAUUUCGUUGAUUCA